GGCCGAUUUAGCUUCUGGCAACACUGAAGAUGAGGGCGACCGGGACGCUGCUGCCAACAUUUUGCCAAUUCGUGGCUAUUUUCUUUAUAUUUAUUAAACAAAACUAUGUGACGGCCACCGGGAAUCCAGCCCCUGUGGGUGUCCAUCGUCGAUUCGAGUACAAGUAUUCGUUUAAGCCACCAUAUUUGGCGCAAAAAGACGGAACUGUUCCGUUUUGGGAAUACGGGGGAAAUGCCAUUGCCAGCUCCGAAAGUGUACGUGUGGCGCCGUCGUUGCGAUCUCAAAAGGGUGCCAUUUGGACAAAGUCGCAAACGAACUUUGACUGGUGGGAUGUGGAGAUAGUGUUCCGCGUAACGGGACGUGGCCGUAUCGGAGCCGAUGGUUUGGCUUUCUGGUACACCACUGAGAAGGGUGAUUACAAUGGGCCCGUGUUUGGUUCCUCGGACCGCUGGAAUGGUCUGGCUAUCAUUUUCGAUUCCUUCGACAAUGAUAAUAAGCACAACAAUCCUUAUAUCAGCGCUGUACUAAAUGAUGGCACCAAACAGUAUGAUCACACCAAUGAUGGCACAACACAGUUGCUGAGCGGCUGUUUGCGUGAUUUCCGUAAUAAGCCAUUCCCCACCCGGGCUCGCAUCGAGUACUACAACAAUGUCCUUACCGUGCUCAUCCACAACGGAAUGACCAACAACAAUGAUGACUACGAAAUGUGUUUGCGCGCCGAUGGUGUUAGUCUUCCCAAAUAUGGUUACUUCGGCAUUUCAGCUGCUACUGGUGGCUUGGCCGAUGAUCACGAUGUUUUCCAUUUCCUAACAACCUCACUGCAUGCUGCUGGCCAGGAGCCCCAGAAAGUUGAUAACCAAGAGAAACUGACUCAGGAGUAUAAGGAAUACCAGGAGAAGCUGGAGAAACAAAAACAGGAGUACAAGAAGGAACAUCCCGAUGAGCACAAAGACGGCGACGAAGAAUGGGAUGAAUUCUACGAGUCGGAGAAUCAACGCGAGUUGCGUCAAAUCUGGCAAGGACAGAGCCAAAUCGCCGAUCAUUUGCGUGAGCUCUCCCGCAAGGUAGACGAGAUCAUUGGACGCCAGGAGAAUACACUUUCACUAGUCUCCCGCGGCUUGGCAGCUCAAGCUGGUCAGGCUUUGCCACCGCCAGCCGCUGGCAGUGUGCCACAGCAGCAGCAACUUACUGGUGGCGUUGGCAUCACCAGGCCCGAUGUAGAUUUGCUUAUUGCUAAUCAGAAUUUAUUGCUUAGCUCAAUCAGAGAGAUACGUCAACUUGUUGGCGAUAUUAAUGUACGCACUGAUAACAUUCAAACAAAUCAAAAGAACGCGCCCACCGCUCAAAUUCAAUCAACGGGCUACGAUGUACAAACACUGAUAGCCGAGAUGCGUGAUGGCAUGAAUCAGGUUAAACAGGGCAUCACACAUGUGGGACAGAGAUUGGGAGCUCCGCAAGCUGCUGGGCAGGUUGCCAGUUGCCCCACCGGCAAUUGUGUUGGUGUCACAUUGUUCCUAAGUGUUACAGCUGUACAAUUGUUGCUUGUCUUCAUCUAUAACAUAUAUAAAAACCGAAGUGAAGCACAAGCAAAAAAAUUCUACUAGGCCAAAAUAGAACGACUCUCAAUUAAGCAAAUAACAGCAAUAGCAUCUACAAUAACGUCAAGAAGAACAUGCAACGUGUAACCACAGCAGCAACAAAAACAACAACAACAACAACACAAAUGGAGGGUUAAACACACCUGACUAGGCGACAACUAAAUUUAGUUGAAAUGAAAUACUUAAGACUACAGCGUAAAUGGCUCUACAAUAUUUGUAAAAUUGUUUUUUUUUUUUAUACACAUAUAUAUAGCAACUAUAUGUAUAUUGAUUUGUCAGGUCAGUUGUCCCUCAUCGUAAUAGAAAUACCCCGCAGAAAUGAAAUGAACAAUUUAAAAGUCAAGAACAAUGAUGAAGGAAUAGCCAAGUCUCAUGACAAACACGAUGAGUUUGAUGAUGAUGAUGAUGAUGAUGAUAACGAUUAAAAGGAAGAUGAAGACUAAAAAGAGAAGCCACAAGACAAAUUUAGCAGAUUCGUUUGGAAUGUUUUUCUAUAAUUAGAAAAUGAAGACCAAGUUUAAUUCUAUUCUCAACUGCUGCAUAUCAAAAUGUGGGCAGCCUUUACCUCGGCAUUUCUAUCGAUUUGAAAAUUAUAUGUAAACAAGAAAAAAAAUCAUCAAUUGAAUGGAAAUGAAACAAAAAAAAAAAAACAAACAAAAAAAACUGCAAAUGAAAAUCCAAUUAUAAUUCCAUAAAUUUAGAAAAUUUUUGUAAUCUUUUUUAUACUUAAAAACAAAACCAACAAAAAAAAAAACAAACACAAAAAGUUGAGUUGAAGCGCCUCUCAAAUUUCGAUUGGCCAGAGCAUACUAUAUCUUCCCAUUAGCAUGAAAUUUAAUUUAUGUAAUAAAUUUGAUUCUCUCUUUAA